AUGGCCGACGAAUACGAAUAUCUGUCUUCGGACUUUGACCUAAACUCCCUUACCGUCCCUCGUCUCCGAUCAAUACUCGUCAGUCACGAUGUGCCUUACCCAGCCUCGGCCAAGAAGGCCCAGCUUAUCCGCAUCCUCGAGGAGACAGUCCUCCCUCAGGCGAAGAAACUGCUCCGGGAGCGCGACAGAGUGAGGAGAACCAGCGAGGGUAUCACAAAUAUGCCGAGUCGCGAACCUUCUGUGGUUAGUGAGCGCGAAUACCCACAAAAUAUAGCGGCAACGCCGUCAACCGCGUCAACCACUGGUCGAAGAGGUCGAUCUCGAAUCACCACCCGUGGAUCGACUGCUGAUACCGAUGCGAGCGUCACAGCAACCCCGUCGACCACCUCGAGAAAGUCAACGACUAGGUCGCGAGGACAGCGACAGCAAAGGUCGGAGACCGAAACGAAUGACGACCACCUCGCGACGCCUAUCGCGUCAACUGUUUUGACUCCUCGCCCUUCCACCGCUGGUAAGCUGCGACGUAGAGACUUGACGCCUACCGCUGAGCCAGAGCCACAUACGUCGGACAUAGUCAAGUCAGAAUAUAAGGAAGAGAGUGUUUUCACGGACGAUAACCCAUUUCAGACUGGUUCCCCCACGCCUUGGGAUACCCGAAAAUCUUUACCGGCUUCAGAACGGAAGAGGAACAGCAGUGUGCGUCAAACUCUUCUGAGAUCGCCUGAUAAGCGCAGCCGCAAAUCCGAAACCCCGACGUACAUCAAAAGCGAGGAAUAUUUUGAUUCCACAAGUAGGUCGCUUGUUGGGUCUCCUCACGGCGAUCUCGAAGACUAUGCGUAUGGGCAACAAGAUGACUAUAGCAGCGCCGGGGAAGAGUUCACUCCUGAUGAACAGCUGGCAUUGGAGCGAGAGCACGCCGACUUGAUGUACGCUCCAAGACCUCGCAAGCGUCAAUCGAAGCAGGGUCCAGUUACCAAGUCAAUCCCUUGGCUGAUCAUUAUUUCCCUAUUCACGAGUUUUGGUGCCUGGUGGCGCAAAGAGAAACUGGAGAUUGGAUUUUGUGGAAUUGGCAAACCUACUUGGUCCUUGGCUGAAACGAAAGUGCCCGAGUGGGCUAAUGUUAUUGAACCGCAAUGCGAACCAUGCCCAGCACAUGCCUUCUGCUAUCCCAACUUCGAAGCCCGAUGCGAACAUGACUUUAUCCUCACACCUCAUCCUCUUUCGCUCGGUGGCUUGAUUCCUCUUGCACCUACCUGCGAACCUGACAGUGAAAAGGCACGCCGCGUGAAAGCCGUCGCUGACAAGGCUGUUGAGGCUCUUCGUGAUCGCAGAGCUAAAUGGGAAUGUGGUCAGCUUUCUGAAAGCGCCAAAGAAUCCGCGGGUCCGGAUAUCACCGAGACCGAUCUCAAAGAGGAGGUUGGCAAGAAACGUCGCAAGGGCAUGAGCGAUACAGAGUUUGACGACUUGUGGAAGGGAGCGCUAGGCGAAAUCAUUGCGAAGGAGGAAGUGGUUGCCAAAACUAUUCCAUCUUCGUCUGUCCUCACCCUCACAUCAACCUCCGUCGCCCGUCUCCCUCUCACAUGCGCCCUCCGCCGCUACGUCCGACUCUCUCUCCUCGCGUAUCGACUUCCUCUUUCAGUUCUAAUCGCCUCACUGAUUGCUGCAGGGUAUGCUCGCUCUCGAGUGCUUGCCCGCCGCAGUGACCUUGCUCGUGUGCCUGAAUUGGUAGCCACGACACUGGAUCGACUGGCAACGCAGGCAGCUUUGCAUGCGCGUGGCCAGGCCCAUGAAUCCUAUAUUCCUAUCGGGCAGCUCCGUGACGAUGUCCUUCGUUCUGAGCUGAGAGGAAAUCGACGAGAGGAGAUCUGGAAGCGCGUCCGCAACGUCGUUGAAGGCAAUGCUAACAUUCGAGCUGCCGUUCGCGAGGGCCGUGGCGGUGACGUUGCCCGUGUUUGGGAAUGGGUUGGCGGAAUUGGCGGCGUUGGACGACAGAUUGAAGGCAGCACACCAGCAAAGGGGCCCAAAGUGCAAUUCACCCCGUUGCCAAGCGCAGAUGACCGUUCGCCUGACAGCAUGGACACACUUCCUGGGAGAGGCCAGCAGGAAGUGGCUCGCCGAUGGGAUGAGGGUCGACCGAUCUACUGA